UUUUCGCUUUAGAGGGCCUAAAUGAUGGCUAAUUGGCUCAGGUUGUUCACCCUCUCUCUUCAGCUUGCGCUGCUACUCCUAGUGUUUCUCUCUCCUCGGCGUGUCGUCGCCGUCGGCCUCCCGAAGCCACCCGUAAAGUUCAGCGUCGGAGUGGAGGGCAUCGUCUUCUGCAAAAGGUGCAAGUUUCCCGGCUACAACAGGGACAUGGAUGCAUCUCCUAUUCCUGGCGCCAUCGCCACUCUGCGCUGCUACAAUGGCAGACGAGCGGUCUCACUAAAGGCGAGAACCGACAACAAUGGCUACUUCUUGAUCCAGACGUCGAGCCUGACAACCUUCACAAGCAACAAGUGCAGAGUCUUUGUUAAACCAUCACCGACGACAUCGUACUGCAACAUCCUCGUCUACCCACGGAGUCCCGGGGCUUCCCUCAAGUUCGAGAAGGUUCUGAAGCUCCCCUUCGGCCUCGAGGGCCUCUACACCGCCGGCGUCUUCGUCUUCGCGCCAAGCGUCCCCACAUGUCCCUCUCACCCUUGAAUUAAAUUGAUCAGUAUGUAGUGAAUAUGAUUAAUUAGGGUGAUUAAUUUGAUGGUGAUGGUUUAAGAAGUUGCGAGUAGAUGGAAAUUAGAUAGUUAAUGUGGAGUGAAUAAAAGCUUAUGAUGUUCGAGUGAGAGCUCAAGGGCUAAAAUGGUUCGUGACAUGGGAUUUUUUUUCUCUUUGCGCAACUUAUUCUGAGUCAACUUGUUAUAUCGAAAUAAUUUUAGUUUGCAUUCAAUUCCUCUAUGUUUGUGUAAACUAACCGUAUUUUAAUGAAUAAUUUAG